AUGCAGCUCCCCUCGUCGAGUGUGACAACAAGCUCAAGAGGGUGGCGAAAUGCUACCGUUCGUUCUGGAUCGGCGCUCUCUCGUCUUGCGCGAUUUCGCGCAUUCGGUGACAACAUCCAGGGCCUGCGCGCCAGCAUCAAGGCCGUCGUUCCAAUCAUGGGACUCGCGGGCGUCGUGAACCUCGAUGAGAAACUCGAGAAGGUUCUGGCUCGUCUGCAGCCACGACCUCAGCUGGCACCUGUACCGGAGGGGAUUCCGGUGCGUCAGUCGUGGCCCGCAGUGCGCCAUGGGGUGGAAGACAGAGUGUGCCGGAUCCUCGGUGGGGGCAGGAGGCCAGCGGUGGCGGCACUUACGGGGCGGAGCGGGACGGGGAAAACCACCUCCGCCGCCGCCGUGUUGAGAGAGCGGGGCCCUAUCCAUCCUCGCGCUGGUGAGACGGAGGACAUGGCACGUACUCGCCUGGAUCGCGGGGAGGGAGACGAAAACCGCUCACCCUCUCUGAUGCACACCCUGGCCAAGGCGCGUUACGAGGAUGUGAUGGAAAAACGUGUCGACACUCCCGCGGCUGGGGAGGACGGCGAGAGCUACGUGAACAAGUUUGUAUCGCGGGAAUCGCUGCGGUACCUUGUGGUGGCCGAUGAUGUGAGGGAGGUAGAAGUGGUCGAGAAGCUGAGGAAGACGGGCAUGUGGGUGCUCCUGACCACCCGAAUCGCUUCUAUGGUUGAACCAAACGAGAGGGUAUUGGUAGACCAACUCACACAGGAGGAGGCGGAAGACGUGUUACGAGGUGCGGCUGGGCUACCCGUCGGUUAUCGCUUGUGUGAUGACGCGAUGAAAGUGUUGGAAAUCUGCGGUCUUAGGGCGAUGGACAUUGCAUUCGUGGGGAGCUGGAGCUCGGUGCGCACCGCAGACAACGGUGCACCUAUAGACAGCAGGGCAUGA